AUGACAACAUUACUUACGUUUAUAUUUAAAACAGGGGUUAUUUGGGUAUUAUCUUUUGUAGUAUUAAAAAUUUUUUAUACAAAGUAUAAAAAUAAAUAUGAUAUUGAUGGGUUUUUAGAAAGGAAACAUUUAACCAUUCAAUUGUUUUAUAUUGGUUUGGGUACAACUAAAUUAAAUGGAAUCAUUAAAAGGAUUUCAUUAAGAUAUGAAAAAUUUUGGUAUUAUUGGUUCAAAAUUGGUAGUUGGGUAUCAUUAAUAUUGCUACCAACAUCUAUGGGCUUAUUAAUUUAUAAUUUAUCAAUUAUAUUUUUUAAACCGGUUGGUGUUGAGCCUGUAAUCAGUCCUAUUGUACCGGGUGUUAAUGUUAAGGGAUCAGAUUCUUGGUAUUUAAUUAUUUCAGUUAUAGUCAGUAUGGUAAUUCACGAGUUGGGUCAUGCCAUUGCAUCAUUUGUUUCAAAAUGUGAAAUUCACAGUGUUGGAUUCUUUUUCUUAUUUAUAAUGCCAGGCGCAUCGGUUAAUUUGGAUAUUAGCGAAAUGGAUAAGGCUACAUUAUGGGAAAAAUUAAGAAUUCAAUGUGGCGGUGUUUGGCACAAUGUAGUAUUAUGUAUUAUUGGUUAUUUAUUAUUAACAUCUUCAUCAUUCAUACUUUCACCAAUUUAUAGAUUCCCAAGUGAUAAGCUUUAUAUCACUCAUAUACCUCAGGGUUCAUUUUUAGAAAAAAGUUUAACAGUGGGUGAUCAAAUUUUAGAAAUAAAUAAUUGUAAAGUUUAUAAUACUACAGGAUUUAUUCAGUGUAUAUAUGGUGAAAUAGCAAAACCAAAGUCAUAUUGUUUAUCACCUGAAACUAUUUCUUGUAUAAAAGAGCAUCCACUAAGAAGUUGCUUUGGGGUAAAUGAUGUAUCAACCUUAAUUGAUUGUGAAGAGCCAACCAAUUUUGAUAUGCCGUUAUCCGAUAAAUGUGAAAAGUUAAAUAAGCAGUGUGUUGGUUUCAAGCAUUUGGGAUCUUUUGUUUUUACAUUAAAAGUAUAUAGUCAAGAUUUUUUAAAUUCUGAGGAUUUAACUUUUAUUAGUACUCCACAAGAACUAUGGGAUUCCAUUCAAGUUAAUAACUACCAAAGUAGAAUAGGGUUUAUUAAUAGUUGGGAUAUACCGUGGUAUUGGAACCAUUUCUUUAGUUAUUUAAUACCAGUAUCAGCAGGUUUGGCAGCAUUUAAUAUUAUAUCAAUACCAAAUAUGGAUGGAGAACAUAUUUUAGAUACAUUAUUAUCGAUCAUUUUAUUACAACAAGUUAUUAAAAAUUCGCCAAAUAGCAAAUCUAAAACGUCCUCAUCAUCAUCCUCGUCAUCCUCCUCUCAAUCCUCUUCAAUAUUGGGUAAAAAAGAAAGAACCAAAAAGAUAAUAUUUGAAACCACAAAGUAUUUUACAAUUCUAAUAUUUGGAUUAACUGUGAUUUUCUCAUUUUAUAACUUAUCAAAUAAAAUACUUAUUUGA